AAAUCGAUAAUGCCGAAGUGGAUUUAUAGACUUGACAACCAACGAUGCUUGACAUAUGAUCGUCACUUAUCGCGGAAUGUUAGUAAAUAAUAGUGGCCUCUGAAGAUGAGGAUUUUCUCUAUUCUGUCCAACGGCUUCUGUCUCUCUUUUAGUUAAAGCCUCGUAUUAUUCUUGUCGUAGAAUAUUCAUUCGUUUCGACAACAUCGUCUAAUUCACCCACCCAGUGUUCCCUCCGAAUGUUAUACUGUUAGAUGUAUUGUUUUGUCUUGACAUGUUCCAAUGUUCUCCUCCAUAACAGAGGUUUUAGGCGGCGUCGGCAUCCUAUGGGGCUUCUUCGUCGUUCUCGUGCAGGCCAUCGGAAGUUAUAAGAUCUUCCGAUACUACUCUUCAGUCCCGCCCAAACCAGUCUCUCCGUACUUGCCGAAAGAUGAGGUGCCUCACGUAACUAUAAUCCGACCUGCCAAAGGCCUUGAGCCUGGCUUAUACGAAUGUCUCGCCUCCGUCUUUCACCAGUCUUACCCGAAAGACAAGUUGACCAUCUACUUCUGCGUAUCAUCCAAGGAAGAUGCUGCGUAUCCGGUCAUCCGAAAACUUCUCGACAACUACCACGGCUUCGACGCCAAAGUCUUUGUCGAGGCCGAAGACCCUUACCUUCACGGCGACAAUGGCCACAUAGACAACGUCGGUCCAAACCCGAAGAUCCGAAAUCUGAGUAGGGCGUAUAGAGAAGCUAAAGGAGAUAUAAUAUGGCCGCUGGACUGUAAUGUUUGGAUCGCGAGGGACGUGGCUGGUCGUAUGGUCGACAGACUCUGCGGGUACCGACCAGACGGCAAGCAAGCUAAACCUUUCAAAUUCGUGCACCAGCUACCUCUAGUCGUGGACACCGUCACCUCUAUGAGCAGUUCGAACGCCGAAGGACAGACUCUCCUAUCCGGAUCAUCGGUAACCGGCGGAUCCGACGCCGAAUCCAACGUCGACGUGCCCACCUCCAUCCUCUCCAGGUCCCUAGCCCACGGCGGCGGCAGGCUAGAAGAAAUGUUCAUGGCGACGACGCACGCCAAAUUCUACGGCGCCAUCAACACCGUCGGCGUCGCGCCCUGCAUCGUAGGCAAGAGCAACAUGUUCCGCAAAUCGCACCUGGACCGCGUGACCGACCCGGCCCAGAACCCGAUCCUGACGGGCAGAGCCGCGACCCUGCCCAAGGGCCUCGACCACUUCUCCCUGUUUAUGUGCGAGGAUCACGUCAUCGGCGACCUGCUGUGGCGGUCCGACCUGCCGGGCUUCGCGAAUCACGGCUUGGUCUGGGGCGACCUGGCCAUCCAGCCCAUGGCCGGCAUGUCGGUGCCUGCAUACGUCGCGCGCAGGGUGCGAUGGCUGCGCGCGCGGAAAUGGACCGUGCUAUCCGCCACGCUGGUCGAGCACGGCGUCGAGAGCCUCGUGUGCUGCUUCUACGUGUCCUUCGGGCUCACGAGCGUGCCGUGGUUUCACGAAAACCUUGGCGUCCCGCAGACAUGGCGCGCCCUGGGGUAUCUUUGGCUCGCCGGCGUCGCGGCCUGGAUGCUCGUCGACCGCGUCGUAUUUAAGAAGCUGCACGCCGGCCAGAGCAUCCACGUGGACGAACACACGCCCACCUUCGCCCGCGGCUUCAGCCACGGCGGAGCGGAGAAGCGCCGAUUCGGCGAGUGGUUCCUCGCCUGGUUGGGGCGCGAGGUCUUGGCUUUGCCCAUCUGGACCUGGGCCGUGUUUCUCGGUGCUACCGUGAAUUGGAGGGGCAAGCGGUUUCGGGUUCGAUCAGAUAUGACCGUCGUCUCCAUCGAUGCCGAUGACGAGGAGGAGCAAGGUCUUUUGAACCAAGAUGGGCAUAGUGGUGGUCGCACAUCGACGUCAAGUGCGAGAGGGAAGAUAGAUUAGACCUAUGAUACCCCAGCAUGAGCCAUGGUAAUAUAUAAUUCAUUGUAUCCAACUAUGACGGCUGCCUAAGCCUAUCAUGUGUGAUAUUCCCCUGGUAAGGCUCCCCUGGUCUUCCCAGCCCACGUGUCUGUGCCUGACGAUCUCGUAACAAGGGGGCUUUAUAUUACGCCUCGCACUGUCUUACCCAUCUUGUGGGAAGAGCUUUACAGAAAUAACCAGAACGAUCAGUGGCUCUCACAUGCACGCCUUCACACCAAGUCAAGUCAGCUACUAGCUAGGUAUUCACUC